AUGUUGUGGUGCAAAGAAAGAGGCUUUUGUUGCAAGUGUUUGUAUUGGAGGAAAACCACCAAUUUGUUGCCGCCUGAACUUGACACCUUCUUUUUACCCGCUCCUCUUCCCGAUUGGCCUCAAGGCUGUGGAUUUGCUUCUGGAAGAAUAAACUUGGGCGAAAUUGAAGUUCUUAAAAUCUCCAGGUUUGAGUUUAUUUGGAGCAGCAAUCUCUUGCAGGACAAGAAAAAAGGUGUUUCAUUCUAUAAACCUCUGGGAGUGCCUAAUGGAUUCUAUAGCCUUGGCCACUAUUGCCAAUUCAACAGUAAACCCUUGCAGGGUUUUGUUCUUGUGGCUCGAGAGGCGGCUUGUUUUGAGCCAGUAGCUUCUAAUUCACCAGCUCUUCUAAAGCCCCUAGAUUAUACAUUAGUUUGGAGUUCAGAUGAUGGAAGUGAGGAGAAGUAUGGAGGAUGUGGCUUCUUCUGGCUUCCUCAGCCUCCUGAGGGUUAUAAGCCCUUGGGGUUUCUAGUCACCAACAAUCCAGACAAGCCAGAUAUGGAUGAAGUACGAUGUGUUCGAGCAGACCUGACCGAUGAAUGUGAACCUUAUCGUCUACUUCUUGAAUCAUUUUCUGAAUUAUUAAAUCUACCAGUUCCAGUUCGAGUUUGGAGUACAAGACCCACCCGACGAGGAAUGCUGGGGAAAGGUGUUCCAGUUGGCUCAUUUUUCUGUGGCUACUGGAUAUCUCGAGAGCAGUUGAAUAUUGGAUGCUUGAAGAAUUUAGAUCAUCAUCUACGUGCCAUGCCAAACCUUGAACAAAUCCAUGCACUCAUCAAGCACUACGGGCCUAGAGUUUUCUUUCAUCCCGAUGAAGUCUAUUUGCCAUCUUCUGUGUCGUGGUUUUUCAAAGAUGGAGCACUCUUGUACAAAGCUGGGGAUUCAUCUGGUGAACCCAUAGACGCUGACGGCACUAAUUUGCCAGGCGGCGGGACAAAUGAUGGUACAUUUUGGAUAGAUUUGCCUUCUGACGACGGAAGAAAUACUGUCAAACAGGGCAACUUGGAAAGUGCAAAACUUUACGUUCAUGUGAAGCCUGCUCUUGGUGGGACUUUCACUGAUCUUGCAAUGUGGGUUUUCUGCCCCUUCAAUGGGCCAGGUACUCUUAAAGUUGGACCACUGAAUAUUUCUCUUGGCAAGAUUGGGCAGCAUGUAGGCGAUUGGGAGCAUUUCACACUCCGCAUAAGCAACUUUACUGGAGAGCUGUGGAGUAUAUACUUCUCUCAGCACAGUGGUGGUGAAUGGGUUGAUGCUUAUGAUUUGGAGUACAUAGAGGGGAACAAAGCUAUUGUUUAUUCAUCAAAAGGUGGACAUGCUAGCUUCCCUCAUCCCGGGUGUUACCUCCAGGGUUCCACUAAACUUGGGAUAGGAAUAAGGAACGAUGCAGCACGUAGUAACUUAUAUGUGGAUUCAAGCACCCAUUAUGAAAUUAUUGCAGCAGAGUAUCUUGAAGGUGAAGGUAGUGAUUUCGUUGAGCCUCAUUGGUUGCAGUUUAUGAGAGAGUGGGGUCCAACGAUUGUCUAUGGUUCAACAAUCGAGCUAGAUAAGAUAAUUAAUCAUUUGCCCUUGAGGUUUAGAUAUUCAGUGGAGAACAUAUUUGACAAGUUUCCAGUGGAGCUGUAUGGAGAAGAAGGUCCUACUGGGCCAAAGGAGAAGAACAAUUGGGUCGGAGAUGAAAGAGGCUAG